AUGGCCUUCGAGACAACUUCUGAACAGUCUCUUCUUAAAGGUGGGGUGGAAAGAGGAGCCAGGCAGCUUCCUCAGGUAGGGAAGAGCAACGGGAGCAGGGAGGAGGGAAGAGGCACAGAUGGGACCACUCAGCCUCCCUCUGUGUUGAGUGGGGAUUAUGAGGAUCUAAGAGCAGCUCUGUUUUCUUCUUCUUCUUCCAGGCCCUCUUGACCUUUGAGGAGGUGGCUGUGUUUUUCACAGAGGAGGAGUGGGCUCUGCUGGAUCCUGGCCAACGAGCUCUGCACAAGGAAGUCAUGGAGGAGAAUUAUGAGAUGGUGGCCUCUCUAGGUAAGGGCAGAUUUUUAUUCCUCCUGGCUGUUAGAUAUUGAAGGGGUGAAACUACUGUUUGAGCCAUUUAUUCAUGCCGUGUCUUCCUCUUUGGCGAAGCCUCGUAGCCGAAUAAGAUUGUCUUCCAUGAACAUGGUCUUAACGGUGUGUCCGUAAGUGACUGUACAGUCAAUUCUGGUUCCACACAUCCUUCCACAGUGGGGACAUAGGUUUCCAGGCAGGAGUUAAUUACGGUGAGGGUUUGCCAAACAUACUUUCCUCUUAGCUUGUUUCUCCCUUUCAUCCAGUGUGGUGUAGUGUUUAAAAGCAGUGGACUCGUAAUCUGGUGAACCAGGUUCGCGUCUCCGCUCCUCCACAUGCAGCUGCUGGGUGACCUUGGACUAGUCACACUUCUUUGAAGUCUCUCAGCCUCACUCACCUCAGAGUGUUUGUUGUGGGGGAGGAAGGGAAAGGAGAAUGUUAGCCGCUUUGAGACUCCUUCGGGUAGUGAUAAAGCGGGAUAUCAAAUCCAAACUCUUCUUCUUCAUCCUGAGUUGGUGCUUCUUCAAAGUCCAUGAUGCCUUGGUAAAGGCUAUUCUGCAAUUCGAUGAUGAUUGUUCGGUAGAUUUAUUGCUUUAUUGUUCGGCGCCCAGCCACGCUUCCCCUGCGAGCCUCUGUAGCUUCUGUUUACGCAGUGUGGCUUUCGAGCGGUCGUAAACCAAUUAGCAGAAUUACACAGCGGUGUGUGUCGAAAGAGCAGUAGACAAGUCCCACACGUUUCUUCUGUCCUAAUAUUCCUUUAUUUGCUCAAAAGUAGCAUAUUUACAAUCAAUAACAGCCAUCAGAUUCAAGCUGCAUUUUCUCUGCGUCCUUCUCUCUCAGUUUGCAGCUACGCAACAAACUGCUUUUACUUUUCACUCAGCUCACAGCAUUCCAAGCUGCUUUUGUCACGUCCUGGCGUACUUCCCUUGUACGCGCCUCCUCUCGGGCUUGAGGCACAGAAGGUUAACCCUUCACUACACCCAACAAUUACGAUGAUGAUAAUUUAUUUAUUUCCGACCCAUCUGCCCGGGUUUCCCCAGCCACUCUGGGCGGUUCCCAACAAAAUAUUAAAAAUAGAAUCAAACAUUAAAAACUUCCCUAAACAGGGCUGCCUUCAGAUGUCUUCUAAAAGUCAGGUAGUUGUUUAUUUCCUUGACAUCUGAUGGGAGGAUGUUCGACAGGGCGGGCGCCGCUACCGAGAAGUGUGUCCCUUCAGAUGUUGCUGCACUACAACUCCUGCCAUCCCUGGUCAUUGGCCGUCUUUACUUGGGUUGAUGCUACUUAGAGUUCAACCACAUCUUGAGGGCCAUAGAUGCCUCAUCUCAGCAUAGAAGGUUUCUCUUGGUGCUCAGUGUUACAUGGGAUUUGAAGGUAGAACUGGAUACGAAGGGUUCUUGAUAUUAUUUUCAGAUUUCCUUUCCUAAAAUGUGGUACAAGGGGGGGAGGAAUGCUGGAUUUGUUGAAAUAAGAGAAAGUGCGGAUUGGUCUUGCUGCGUGUUAAUUUCUCUUGUUUUCUUCCUUGAAGACCUAACAAUAUUUUCUUUCCCCAACUUUCAACCAGGUAAUGUAGAAGACAAUCAGAAUUAUGAGGUGCCACCUGUGAAGUACUUUAGUGUGAGUGAACACCUUAGCACACAUCUACAAACUAACACAGGGGAGAAACCAUUCAGAUGUAUGGAGUGCGGAAAGAGCUUCAGACAGUCUUCAAACCUUACUAGACAUCAACAGAUUCACACAGGGGAGAAACCAUUUAAAUGCAUGGAAUGUGGAAAGAGCUUCAGACAGUAUUUGCACCUUACUGUACAUCAACGAAUUCACACAGCGCAGAAACCAUUUAGAUGUAUGGAGUGUGGGAAGGGUUUCAUUAGGAGGGCAAGCCUUACUCAACAUAAACGGACUCACACAGGGGAGAAACCAUUUAGGUGUAUGGAGUGUGGAAAGAGCUUCAGGCAGAGUAAUAACCUUACCAAACAUCAACAAACUCACACAGGGGAGAAACCAUAUAAGUGUUUGGCGUGUGGAAAGAGCUACACUGAAAAUCGGUCACUUGCAAAACAUCAACAAACCCACACAGAGGAGAAACCAUAUAGAUGUAUGGAGUGUGGGAAGGGUUUCAUUAGGAGGGCAAGCCUUACUCAACAUAAACGGACUCACACAGGGGAGAAACCAUUUAGGUGUAUGGAGUGUGGAAAGAGCUUCAGGCAGAGUAAUAACCUUACCAAACAUCAACAAACUCACACAGGGGAGAAACCAUAUAAGUGUUUGGCGUGUGGAAAGAGCUACACUGUAAGUGGGUCACUUGCAAAACAUCAACAAACCCACACAGAGGAGAAACCAUAUAGAUGUAUGGAGUGUGGGAAGGAUUUCAGUGAAGCUGGAAAACUUAAAAGACAUCACCGAACUCACACAGGGGAGAAACCAUAUAGAUGUAUGGAGUGUGGAAAGAGCUUCAGGCAGAGUAAUAACCUUACCAAACAUCAACAAAUUCACACACGGGAGAAAGCAUAUAAAUGUUUGGCGUGUGGAAAGAGCUACACUAAAAGUGUGUACCUUGCAAAACAUCAACAAACCCACACAGAAGAGAAACCAUAUAGAUGUAUGGAGUGUGGGAAGGGUUUUAGUGAGGGUGGAAAACUUACAAGACAUCACCGAACUCACACAGGGGAGAAACCAUAUAGAUGUAUGGAGUGUGGGAAGGGUUUCUGUGAAGGUGGAAAACUUACAAGACAUCACCGAACUCACACAGGGGAGAAACCCUUUAGAUGUACAGAGUGUGGAAAGAGCUUUAUUCACAAUGGAGCACUUAUUGUACAUCUACGAACUCACACAGGGGAGAAACCCUUUAGAUGUAUGGAGCGUGGAAAGAGCUUCAGUCAGAAAGGAAACAUUAAAAAACAUCAACAAACACAUAGGGGAGAAACCAUAUGA